AUGACUCAGUUUCUUUCUUUAUUCAGAGAAAAAGUAAUGAAUGAGACAUGGUUUGAAAACAAUAAGCUGAAUACGCUGACUGAGAGAAACACUCAGCUAUUUAGUAGAAUAUCAAGACUUGAAGAAUCUUUAGAUUCAUUAAGGAAUAUUGGACCAGUUGAAAGAACACCAUAUGAAUUGACCAACAAAGUCAAUAGAAGUAUCUUAAAUGAAAAAUACUCUUCGUUUCUGCUCCAUGAUUCACCUGAUCAGAGGAUAUUUGGGGAUCAGAAAAGUUUAUAUUACAAUUUAGAAACAAUAAGUAUUGAUAAACGUUUAGAAGCUAUGGAAAAGAAAUUGCGUAAUCUCUUUGUUGAGUCAAAUACGUCAACAUCACCAGAUGUUUUGAAUAAAUAUGCAGUAAAAAUCGUUACAGAAACUUACCAUCCAAUUACAACAUUCAAUCAACACUGUACAGAGUGUUGUAAAAGUACAAAACAAAUAUCUUCAAGAUGGAAUGAUUGUUUACACUUAGAUUUAAAUGACUUGCGAUCUUGUAGUCAUUGUUUAAAUCAUUCAGCUCGUAGUAAUUGUACAGUUCAAACGGUGGAUAUUCUCAACAAAUGUCAAUAUAUUGAUAAAUCAGUCCAAACAUUAUGUAAUGAAUCAACAAAUAUUGUUACAUAUCCAAAAUACUUUAAUGAAAAAGCAACAAUUACAAAUGAAAAUCAAAUUAUUUCAAAAUUGAAAAUGAAUAAUCAAUUAACUUCAUUUAUUUUUCCUAAUAAUCAUUCACAUAUUAAUCAAUCAAUCAUCGAUCGAAAUGGUAUUUCAAAAGAUGAUGAUGAAUCUGUAUCUAAAUUUACAUCUAGUGAAUGCCUUGAUAUUAUUGUAACACCUGAUUGUAAUAUGGAUAAAUUGAAACAAACUGAUUAUUUAAAAGUUCAAUUAAAUAAUGAUCAACAUAUUGGUUUGAAUCAAAUGAGACAAACACAAAGUUUCGAAUCUGGAUUGAACAAUGAAGAAAAUUAUAGUGAUAUUGAUAAAACUCCUGCCACUUCAAGAUCAUAUCAACAAAACAAAACUUUCGAACCUGACCUUCAUUAUGGAACUAUGGAACCGAGUAUUCACAAUUCUCGAAAACCAUCUACAUUAGAAUCGUCUUUCGAAACAAUAUAUGAUCAAACGAAAUUGUGCUAUAAACUUUAA